UGCUGAGGCGCGGCAGCGGGGCGUGUGGCGCCCGGACCAUCGCUGGGGGCCGGGCACGGCAGCGGGGCCGCCGCGGCCUGGGGACGCGGACCCCCGCCCGGCGCCACCCCCCUGCCCCCGCCUGCGCCGCGGGACGGGCCUGCCCGGAGGGCCUCGGGGGGCGGGCGAAGCGGCAGCCGAACGCGGCGGCGCUCGCCUCGGCCGCAGGUGGCAGCGGGAGCCCCGCGCUGCCGCCGCCCCCGCCCGCGGCCCGGCCGCGCUUCCGCCCGCGUCAGCUGACGGCUGCGAGGAAGAGGCCCCGGCCCGGCCCGGCCCCGAGCCCGCGGAAGCCCCGGCGCGGUCGCCCCCGCAGCCAUGGCAGGGGUGGUGGUGAGCGGAGCCCAAGUGUCCUACAUUGGUCAAGACUGUGAAGAAAUUCCAGAAUUCCUAGGAGCAAAAUAUGGACAUAUGGCAAAAAGGCUAGACCUUAGCUUCAACUUGUUAAGGUCACUAGAAGGACUGAAAACAUUCGGUUACUUGGAAGAGCUGAUCUUGGACAACAAUCUACUCGGAAAUGACCUUCUGUUACCCAGAUUACCCCACCUCCAUACCUUAACGCUCAACAAGAACCAAAUAACAGAAUUAGAAAGCCUUUUGGACCAUUUGGCUGAAGUUGUGCCCUCACUACAGUAUCUCAGUUUGCUUGGAAACAUGGCCUGCCCAAAUGAACUGGUCUGCAAAGAAAAGGAUGAAGAUGACUACCAGAGGUACAGAUAUUUUGUCCUGCACAAAUUGACAAACCUGAAAUUUCUUGAUACUCGAAAAGUAACCAGGAAGGAGAGAGAAGAAGCCUUGUUGAGAGGUGCCUUCAUGAAAGUGGUUAAGCCCAAGGAUGCUAAGGCUUCCAGUGAUGCUGCCUCUGUCUCUCCAGAGAUUCACUAUACACCUCUGCCUUUGGGAUCAAGAGACCUCACCAAUCACAGAGGUAUUUUGGGAAAAUGCCGCUACAUUUACUAUGGAAAACAUUCUGAGGGCAACAGAUUCAUCCGAGACGACCAGCUCUAAAACACAGCAUUGUUUUGUGCCUCUUCAAUCUAUCCACAUAAGAAGCACAAAUUGCAUCUAAAUUUUAAGCAUGUAACUAAAGUCCUCUAGUGCCUUCUGCUGACUUUGCCAAGCCUGUCAAGAUCAUCCUUCUAUCUUAGUCUGAGUAGUCACAUAGAGAUUGACAUGAUUGCCUUUAAGCAGGUCCCAUCCACCAGUGUGACAGACAGCUGCAGCCAAGCACCGGGCCUGACAGGAGGAUCACGGUGAUGGAUUGCCUGGUCCAAUUGCUGCUCGCAGAAGAGCAGGGGUCACACCUGGGGCUUCAGUGAGCAUGCUCUGUCGGUCGGCACCUUAGCAAAAGCACCGUGUUUAUCUCCAGCUUGCCUGUUGAGCGAAAGGAGCGAAAGUGGCUGGCAAUAUCAAAGUGUUUAUAAAAGAGAGAGGCUAUAAUUUCAGAUGAAAAAGCCUUUAUCUGUUCUUUGUGGUUUUGUUUUUUUUUGUUUUGUUUUGGUUUGUUUGUUUGUUUGUUUUUGUUUGUUUUUUUUUUUUUUUUUUUUGUUGUUGUUUUUUUUCCUCCCUGUGAAUUAAGUGCUUGUGUUUCUGUCAUCUCAUACAUGCUUACACAAAUCCUUCCACAGUGGUUUUAUUGGUUUGGUGUAACCCACCCCCUCACAAAUCAGUCUAGAUGGACUAUUUUUUCUUUCAACAAGGAAAAAAAAGUAUAUUCUGGAAAUAUUUUAGCCAUGCAAAGUACUAUCAAUUUGUAUAGUUGUUUAUAUGUAAAGGAAAAGGAUUUAAGCAAUUUUGCAGACAAACAAAAUUUGCUAAUUCUUAAAUUACAUCUCAACACUUACUAACUCUGACCUUCAGAAAAGCAAUCAUUUUUUAAUGCUUUAGAAUAGUGGCACAGCUUAACUGUAUAUACUUGGAAGAAGCCCUCAGUUGUGAUACUGACAGUGUGUAUUAUUCCUGGUUUAUUGCACAAGAUAUUUUUAACUUGUACAGAGAUUACAUUUAGAGCUAAAUGCUUAAAUUUGGAAUGAGAAAAGUGCUUAAAAGGAGUGAUAUAAAAUAAAAUUGACAUCAGAUGAGUAUGAUUAUUAAGAGGGGAAAAAAGUCAAUAAAAGUAACUGGUGGAGUUAACAUAAUUAACAGCUUUACUAAUAUGUUAGAGACAAGUUCUGAUUAAUCCAUUUUGAUGUCUAUGUAAGAAAGACUACUGUCAAAUUUUCAGUGGAAAAAAUAAAAAAUGCAUAGCAUAUUUCUUGCUUUUCUGAUAAGCAGGUUGGACAUAUUUAGAAUCAUAAAUUUGUUACUGUGGAAAAAAAAUCCUAAUACUUCAUGCAUAUAUUGUGUUAAAUGCUACUAUGUACAAUGGGAUUAGUCAAGACAUAUGCAAAAAUUAUGACCUCUGGGCUGUUCCAAACACAUGCAUAUUGGUCCCAGUUAAAAGCUAUCACUGUCUGGCUGUUCUUGGCUCGUUUGAAAUUACUUGGUGGUCUUUAUUCACUUUUCUGGUUGAAAAAAAGUCAGUUUUUUAGAAGCUGCCUACUUUGGGGGGCUCUUAGCUAGUGUUGCAGGUGGAAGUAAACUGGAUAUUGAAGCCAAUCAUGAAAUCAGGUUUGACUGAUGAAAAAGAAUGAGACACUGGCAGAGUGACACAGGAAAGCUUGUUGCUACUGAACAUUUUAGGCCUUACUCAGUAAAUGGAUGCCUUCACUCACUCUAAAAGUGUACAAUAAAUCUUUAAUAGAUACCUAAAAUCGGUGAUGAAUAUGGAAUGAUCCAGUUCACACCACCUGUGGUUUAGAUUGAGCUCUGAGCUGUUUGCCAUACAAAUUGGUUUUCGGAAAACACAUUUUGGCCACUUGUAAUUUUUCUGCUAAUGUCAAACAUGUCUACAAAUUAAAUGACAAUUCAUAUUAGAAGUCCUAGGAGAUAUUAGAUAAAGGGAAACUACAUGCCUCUUUUUCAGUCAAAAAUAUCAUAAGAAAUAUAUAGGGCACUUGUCAUCUCUCUUGGUUACCAAAAUAACAGUGAUCCUAGUUUGUUCUAUCAUAUUGUCUGUUUUGAAACCACCACACAUUUUGGGCACAUUUGAUCUGGUUGCAUGAAUGUUCUUGUCUUUAUAAAAGGCUUUAACCCUGCCUCAAACAAUAAACAGCACUUGCAAACUGA